AUGAACGGCUUACGAACGCAAGCGCGGGCGCGAUUUCUGUCAGAGCAGAAGUUCAAGCAAGGUGCCGAAUUACACGAUGCUAGAAUUUCGCUAUUGACCGUGGCGCAAUAUACGAAAGCAGAGACAACUGUCAAACUGACAGAUGCUUAUGGGUCCCAGACGUCUGAGAUCUGUGACCAGAUCAACAAACCUAUUCCCAAGAACGGCGACGAGACGGCAACAGCAUCCAUGCGGCUGAUAAGCUUGGAGCGCGAUUUCGACGGAGUCCUUUCCAUCGACCAGCGAACUUUUCUGGACAUCUUUGACGACUUCGGCGAGCUGCAGGCAGGUUAUCUCCAGGAACGUGGCCGUACGCAGCAGGCUGUAUGGGACGGGCCAAAGGUCAUACAGCCAAGCUUCGGCAUCUACUGGGCUGCCUCUCUACCGACUACUGCGGCAGUACUUCUGAUCUGGCAUUGGAUGUCAUCCGAGCAAACCAUCUUCGCUAAGGGAUGGGCGUGGAUCAAAUCCGCAAGGCUCGAGAGCGACCAGAAUGUUGACGUAGAGAAGGCUCGAAAUGAGUUGGAAAAAACCAAGAUGCCUCUCAUCGCGCAGAACCCCAAAGACCGAGUCAUCCUCGGAUUGAUGACAUUCGGUCCCGACGAGACCAGUGGCGCACGCAUCACAGAAUUCGAUGAAUUCACCAAGCAUCUCGACUACUUCCAAUCCCAGGGCUACGAUGAAAUUGACACAGCCCGCAUGUAUGUUGGCGGCAAGCAAGAGGCAUGGACGCGCCAGGCGGGGUGGAAGGACCGCGGCUUUACUCUCGCCACCAAGGUGUAUCCUUACGAGGCUGGCGUUCACAAGCCCGACAGGCUGAAGGAGCAUUUCGAGACUAGUCUCAAAGAGCUGGGGGCGGACUGCGUGGACAUCUUCUACCUGCACGCGCCAGACCAUUCCGUGCCAUUCGAGGAGACACUUGGUGCUGUGAAUGAGCUGCACAAGCAGGGAAAGUUCGUCAAUUUGGGUCUUUCCAACUUCGCUGCGUGGGAGGUUGCGGAGGUAUACAACAUUUGCAAGGAGCGGGGUUGGGUGAAGCCGACCAUCUACCAAGCGAUGUACAACGCUAUCACUCGUGCCAUCGAACCCGAGCUCAUCCCAGCUUGCCGCAAGUACGGCAUCGACAUCGUAAUCUACAACCCCCUAGCCGGCGGUCUCUUCUCCGGCAAGAUCAAAUCCAAAGACAUCAAGCCCGACGAAGGCCGUUUCGGCACGAAAGCAGACCGCGUCGGCAGCAUGUACCGCGACCGAUACUUCAAAGACGCCACUUUCCAAGCUCUGAAGAUCGCUGAAGAUGCUGCGCAGAAGCACAACCUGACCCUGCUCGAGAUUGCGCUGCGAUGGUGUAUCCACCACUCUGAGUUGAAGACCAGAGUUAAGGGUGGGAAUGACGGUGUGAUCAUUGGUGUUAGCAGCUUGAAGCAGCUGGAGGGUAAUCUGGCGGAUUUGGAAAAGGGCCCGCUGCCGGAUGAUGUUGUCAAGGCGUUGGACGAGGCUUGGAUGGCGGCUAAGGCUACGGCGCCGACUUACUUCCGGUAG